CACCAGCAGUGCACGGGCGGCCGCGGCGAGGGACGUGUCUGGAGACUCAACAGCGUGCACGUGCCGAAGACAUUUCGACGGAGAAGACACUUUUUCUCCUCCAUCAUGUCUUGCAGAAGCACUAGUUGGCUCAUCUGCGUCUUUAUGGCAGUAGCCAUAGCAGCUGACUGCAGUGGCUCGAAGUCCACGACAGACUCGUCCACCGUGUCAGCAGUCGGUGAGGACGGGGAGACGGCGGCCGCGGACCUGGCUGCCCUGCUGGACGCGAGUAGCGGCGCUGUGGUGACUCUGGUGGCGGGCGAGACGCGGCUGGUGGCGCACAGGGCUGUCCUCGCCGCCAGGAGCCCCGUGCUAGCCGCCAUUUUUGCCCACGACGCGCCGAAGGCCAGCGGCGGCCAGGUCAGCGUCGCGGACGUGGAGGGCCCGGCGCUGCGCCACCUCGUGGCCUACUGCUACACCCUCCGGGCCCCCCAGCUGCGCGGCACGGCCCCCCAGCUGCUUGCCGCCGCUGACAAGUUCGGCUUGCCGGCUCUCAAGUCUGCCUGCGAGCAGCAGGUGGCCGCGCAGCUGUCCGUGGAGACUGCGGCGGCCGCAGCUGUGGUCGCAGUCAGGCACGGCACUGACAGCCACAGGCAGGCCGUCGUGGCCUUCGUAAAGGCCCACCUGCUCCGCGUGGUGGCCACCCGAGGUUGGGUAGAGGCGACGCGAAGCCACCCCGAGGACUUGCUCGAAGUGAUUCGGCUGCUGUCUCGUCCGUCAAACGAGACCGACACUCCAGCCACUGGAGACAGCAGGGACACGGCGGCCAGCAGCUCCAGCGAGAGCAGCUGCACUCCCGUGGCAGCCGCGCCACCAGUGGAAGCCUGCCCCACUCCGCCACCUGGUGACGCUGAAGUCUGUCGCAUGAGGAGACUUUCGGGAAGAGAGAAGGGCAGGAGGCUGCUGGAAGCAGCUCAGCAGUCACGAAUGUCAGAAAUGCGAGCCCUGCUGGCUGCAGGUGCGGACGUGGGAGCGACGGACAGCGACGGUUGGACCGCCCUGCACUGGGUGGCAAGAAAUGGACAGGUGGAGAUGGCCAAGUGUCUACUGGCUGCAGGGGCAAACGUCGAGGCCAAGGGUCAGUGGGAAUGGACCGCCCUGUUCUGGGCAGCACGACAGGGGCAAGUGGAGGCGGCGAAGGCUUUGCUUUCCGCAGGGGCUGACCUGGAGGCGAGGGACAUCUGGCAGAACACGCCCCUGUUCCUGGCUGCAAUGACUGGACACACGGCUGCCGUGCGGUUUCUGGUGGCGUCCUGUGCCGACCCCAACGCCACGGAGGAGAAUGCGACGACUCCGCUGCACUGGGCAGCGUACAAUGGGCACGCAGAUGCAGCAGCUGCACUGUUGGAGGCAGGCGCCGACAAGGGGGCCAGGAAUAGAUUUGGGCGCACCCCUCAGGAUGAGGCCAGGAAAUGGAACGACCGGCAGCUGAUAAACAUGCUUAGCUGA